UCGGAUCUCUCACCAACGCGUCUAACUUCUAGCCCCAGUGAAGUGGACAAACGGACAAACCAGAUUUAUUACUGUGAAGAGCGCUCGGCGCCUUAUCGAUUGAUUGGGAUAUGUCCGCGGAGAAGCCGGUUGCGACGUCGUCAGGUCAUGAAACUCCCUCCUCGGCUCCGUCUCUCAGAGCUACGAUCCGUUCUAGUCGCGAAUUCCUUUGCAGAACGUUGACGACCGCAAGGGCGCACUCUCCACUUUCAGAUGACAAACUCGAAGCCGCAGAUGAUGCCGUUUCCGGUGUGAUUCACACCGGAUAUCAAGCUGUGAAAAGAGUGAUCCAGAACGGCCAUCCUGCUGUGAUUCUCACUGCAGCGGGAAUAGCUGCUGCCGCCCCAUCCUUUCCCUUCGGACCUCAAGCCAUAGUUAGAAACGUCGGGCUCACAUUGACGCUGACUGCUGUGAUGAUCUACCCAGAUCACCUCAAAACUAAGCCCGCGCCCUCUUCAUCACGAAGCGAAAUGAAUCGUUAA